AUGCAGGCGUCUCCCUACGCGAUGGAGAUCAAGGAAGACAUUAUUUACAGCGAUCUAAGACGUCAAGAUGAAUUUCAAGUGUGGGAUACAUGUUCUGGGUCCCGCACCGGCCACGCACCGGGACCGAAGGCGCCGAAGGAGCCGAAGGCACCGCAUUCAGAACUCGAGGAGUUGGGUGAGCAGUUACCCCGGUACCGGCCGGACUCGAUAGCGGCACUGCGCCGAGCGACCCGAUUCACAGAACCCGAACUAAAGAGGCUGUACAGGGGAUUCAAAGCAGAGUGUCCCACGGGAGUAGUCAAAGAAGAAACCUUCAAGCUUAUAUAUUCUCAGUUCUUUCCACAAGGAGGCAUAGAAAUCGAACGUGACAUCAAUAGUUUCCAAAUAAGUACAGUAUAA